AUGUACAUUAUCAUUACCUUCAUGCCGGUUAUAGAUACCCCCGCUGGCGGCAUGCGUCUGCACACAUCCCCCGAGGACAUGGUGCGCGCCUGGGUCAGAGGGUUCAGCUAUGCCAAGCUCGGCGCGAAUUACGGCCCUUCCCUGAGGCACAUUUUGUGGCUAUACGGACCGGAUCUUGAGUACAUCGAGGCAGGAGCUAGUAAUUUCUUUAUCCUCUGGAAGAGAAAGGACGGUCGUAAGGAGCUCAUCGCAGCUCCUUUUGAUAAUAAGUUGAUUCUGGACGGUAUCACCCGUAGAAGUUGCUUGGAGCUAGCUCACGAGAGACUUAGUAAUAACAUUGUGAUUACAGAGCGCAAAUAUUCCAUCAACAGGGUGAUCGAGGCUGAUUCCAAGGGCCGCAUUCUCGAGGCCUUUGCUGCUGGUACUACGUUCUUUAUUUACGCCAUUUCUCAGAUUCACCACCGUAGAAAGGAUAUCAAUAUCCCCAUGGGCCCGGAGAAUGAACCAGGAGAGGUGACCAAGAAAAUUAAGAGCUGGCUUUUUGACGUCAUGUACAGCAAAACGCAACAUGAAUGGGGAGUUGUCAUCCCUGAAAAGGAGUGA